AUGAUGGCAAAUGAUACCGGUUGGGAGGAAAAAUGUGAGCCAAAUACCGUGUUAUCUAGAAAGAGAAAAGCAGCACUUUUGGAAGGCAUUAAGGCUUUUAGGAAUGAGAAGCCCAGACAAGGUGUUCUUCCACAACUCUUAAACGGCACUGAGAACGGAAAAUUGGGUCAGUUCAAGGGCUGGUUUGGAAAAAGUAGGAUUAAGGCAGAUGCAGGUAGAACCCUGGCCUCAGUUCAGAGAACAGCUUAUAAAGGAGAGCUAAGCACUGAUCUCCAAGGCUUCAAACGCUUUGAUAGGCUUCUGGCAUUUACUGCUGGCUCUCCUGCCUUUCAUGCUGAAGCUUUUGUCUCCCUUGAGGCAAAGACACAGCCUUGGAAGUUCUUUCAGGGCAACUGUCAUCCUCGGAACGUUCCCUCUGGAGGCUUGGGCUGCAGGCGCCUCUGGUGGCCGCCAGUUCCCCCAGGUCGACGCCCGGCUGGCUUUUCGGUUGGAGCCGGCGGAGCAGGCGCCACCGCGCCUGGGGACAACAGGCGCCCAGCGUGCGCUGCGACCCGAGCCUCGGCAGGCCACCGGCGGGCCAUGGAGGAAGCCUUGGUGGACGUGGAGCCCAAGGCCGCGCAGGCCCAGCCUCCUGAGAGCACGGCGCCCGGGAAGGCCUGGAAGGCCAAGAAAAGACCCCUGUAUCUGACGGCGGUUCCAGCCGGCCUGAUUAAGUUGCGCAAUUUACCAAAGACAAGACACCGGGCUGGGGCCACGCCCCCAGCUACCAAGAAACCUCGAGAACGGAAUGAAAAUUUGGAGGGGUCCUGCGGCUGGGGCUGUCUACUUAUUCCCAGCUGUCAGCGUUUUAACAACAUGCGCUGCUUCCUGAUUUUCUACGGCAUCCUGGUGACCUCUCAAGGUAUUGUGUUUGGUCUUGUAGAUCUGAGCAUUGACACUCUUCAGAAGAACAAUCGUCUGAAAACCAUUGAGAAUUUAGUGUUGUCCUCGAGUUAUGAUAUUUCAUCUUGCUUGGUAGGGGUGUUUAUGGCAUACUAUGGAGGGAGAGGAAACAUACCAAGAUGGAUUACAGUGUCUUCCUUUUUAAUAGGGUUUGGAUCACUUUUAUUUGCUUUUCCAUACUUUAGUGGUGAAGAUUUUCCAUUGAAUGUAGAAACUGAAGAUAUUUGCCAAGAAAUGAAGAUAACCAAAGCUUGCAAGAAAGCUUCAUCACCAUUCCGAUCAAAAUAUGUAUCUUUCUUCAUCCUUGGGCAGAUUGUGCAAGGAAUAGCAGGAAUACCUCUUUAUAUCCUUGGAGUAACCUUUCUUGAAAACAACGUUGCCACACAUUCAACUGGUAUUUAUCUAGGCAUUUUGGAAGCUUUAGGAAUACUCGGAUAUGCUUUGAGUUAUGCAAUAGGAGCAUCCCUAAUUAAGUCCUCUGAGAAUAGUAAUUUUGAAAGCAACGUUGACAACAGUGGUAAUCAACACUGGCUGAAGACUUGGUGGAUUCAUUUUGUUUUUGUCUCAAUUGUUACAUGGUCUACAUUAAUACCAUUGUCAUGUUUUCCACCCAGUAUACGAGGUUCAGCAAGGAUAAAAGCCGGGAAACAUAAACAGCCUAAAGAUCAGGAAUUUGGAACUAGUAUCAAGGAUUUAUUUGCUACUAUUUGGAUGCUGUUGAAGAAUUCAAUGUUUGUGUGCCUAUCUCUGUCCAGAGCUUCAGAAUCUUUAAUUAUGAUUGGAGCUUCUGAAUUUUUGCCUUUAUAUAUAGAAAAUCAAUUUAUGCUAACACCCAGUGAGGCAACUACACUUGCAGGACUUGUUUUAAUUCCAGGAGGUGCACUUGCCCAGCUUCUGGGAGGUAUCAUUGUUUCCAUAUUACACAUGUCUUAUAAAGCACUUAUGAAAUUUAUAAUGGUUACAUCUACUAUAUCACUUGUACUACUUGCAUUUGUAAUUUUUGUACGCUGUGAUCCAAUACCAUUUGCUGGGAUCAAUGAAGAUUAUGGCGGAACAGGGCAGUUGGGAAACCUGACAGCUCCUUGCAAUUAUCAUUGUAGAUGCUUGUCUACAGUCUAUUCUGCUGUAUGUGGAAGAGAUGAUAUUGGAUAUUUUUCUCCUUGCUUUGCAGGCUGUACAAAUGUUAAAACAUUAAACAAUCGCAAGACAUACUACAAUUGUUCUUGCAUUAAAGAAGGAUUAACAACUUCAGAUGAAGAAGGUGAUUUUAUUGAUGCUAGAGUUGGGAAAUGUGAUACAAAGUGCUAUAAAUUACCUUUGUUCAUUGCUUUUAUCUUUUCUACAAUUGUAUUUUCUGGUUUUUCUGGUGUACCAAACAUCCUGACCAUCCUUCGGACUGUAUCUGACAAACAACGUUUUGUGGCCUUGGGUAUGACCUAUGUGAUUUUGAGAAUAUUAGGGACUAUACCUGGACCAGUAGUUUUUAAAAUUGUAGGAGAAAGUUCGUGUAUCUUUCGGGAUGCUGGACGCUGUGGAAACUUAGGAAGUUGUUGGAUCUAUAACAAGACAAAAAUGGCCUACCUAUUGGUUGGAGUAUGCUUUUUUUGCAAAAUAUUUACUAUCUUCUUCACUGCUAUUGCAUUUGGCUUAUGCAAAUAUUUACCAAAGGAAAACAGUGACAUCCUGCCUACACUUGUGAAGCAUCUAAAAGUAAAAAAAAAGGAAAGAACUGAUUUAUAACUGGAUCAUCAUUGUGAUUGUAGAACGUCUGAGGAUCAGAGUGUGAAAACGGAGUUUCUCUUUUAAAGAUUCUACAAUAUCUGUUGCUGUGCCCUACAAUCAGAAAAGGAAAAUCACACAUGAUGUUUACCUAGGUAGUGGAAAUGUAUCUAUGGUGAUCUGUAUUUUCAUAAUAAAGUAUCUUCUUG